GGUAGCGAAGGUGUUUUGACAGAUGGUGGUGAGAAGGCGGAAGGAAAUACGAACCUCUGAGCAGAACGGAGCUGUCACACACCCUCCCACUAAACACCGUAGACAUUAGCCGACACAGACACUCACACACUUACACACACACAGGUCGGGCACAACCGUCCAGACAAGCUCGCCAAGGAGUAAAAGUCUUCACUCAUUUCUACGACAUUAUACCGGGGUUCCUGAAUGUGACGCAUCAGCACUGAAAUACAGCGCGUUUGAGGUAGGCUGAGCGCAGUGAUGUCCAGAUCCACAAAAUCAGCCUCGAGAUCUCGGAGCCGCUCAAGGUCCAGGUCAAGAUCCCAUUCCAGCUCCCGCUCCAGGAGUCGCUCCCGGUCUCGGUCCAGGAAGCACCGUUAUAGCUCUAGAUCUCGGUCUCGGUCUCGGUCAAGGUCAAGAUCAAGAUCUCAUUCUCCAUCUUAUAACCGGGAGAAGAAAUAUCCGCGGGGUUACCAGAACAGUCGGGAAUUCCGGGGCUACCACCGCGGCUUCCGUAGGCCCUAUAACUUCAGGGGCCGAGGACGGGGCUAUUUCCAGCGUGGACGCUAUCAACGAGGUGGAGGUGGCUACAACAACAACAACAACAACAAUUAUCGCCCCAACUGGAAGAAUUUCAAGAAGUUUCCUCAAAAGCAGCAGCAGCAACAAUAUCAACAGCAGCAACAAUAUCAACAGCAACAACAACAGCGGCAGCAGCAAUACCAAAACCAUUCACAAGGACGCUUGCAGAAACGCUCAGGGAGUUCCCCUCAUGGUCACUCUCACCACUCUGACAGAUCCUGUUCCCCUUUAUCCAGACACUCGCAUCAUUCUUCCUCCUCCUCACACUCCUCCUCUCCCAAAUGCAGGCCAGCGUCGUUGCUCGCUAACCAAACCCCAAAAGAUGUGAAAGAUGAGCAGUUGGCCUCCAAGGACGUUCAAAAGGGAGGAGAGGGAGAGGAUGAGUCAGGGGAGCAUGUUGCGUUACUGGCAGGAGAUGAUAGAGAGGGUGCAGGUGUUGGGAAAACUGAAGGGAACUGGAAAGGCCUGACAGACUACAGCAGCAAUCCAAAGAAAAACAGUCCUCUGGCAAGCUCUGCUGCUACUGUUGGUCAGAACAGCCAAACAGCUAACCAGUCUAGUCCCAUUAAAAACAUGAACACCACAACCAAUGGCACCCCCACCUGGCAGAUGGUGUGUGGUUCAUCCUCAACUAAAAAACCUUCAAAUGAAGGUUUAAGUCAAAUCCUUAACAGCUUUGACUUCUCCAGUGAGGACUACCUGGAUGGAGAUAAAACAGCAAUCUCCAUUGCCUUCAGGAAGUUUUUGGAAGAGCAAAGCAAAAAAGCAAAAUCUUUGGAAAAUGUCAAGAACACAGAAGCAAACUAUAUGGAUAUGGAACAAGAGAAAGUAAAUGGCAAAGCUUCUGCAGUUAUCACUGAUUCGGUAUCAAGAAAGUACAAGGAGGACAUUGAUGCUGGAGUGUCUCUGAACAGCUUUUUGAAAGCUUCCCCAUUUCUGCCUGCUGACAGGGAAGAAGAGGAUGAGAUGAUCAUCAAGCCUCAUUCAAAAUCGCUUCAAAAAAAUUGGAAUAAUGGAGAAGUGUCCUCUAAGCCAAAGACUCCAUCAGCUCGAGAACAGUUUGAAGAGUGCUUUGGCAAGAGGCAGAAAUUUUCUAAUAAUGACAUAGAUGCCAUGGCAGAGGAGCUUUAUCUCAGUGGAAGGCAGGAUAAAGCAGCACCCAUUACUGCUGUCUUUGCCAAAAGGGAGUUAACAGGAAAAUUCGAAGAACUGUCCCCAGACUUGAGUUGUAAAGCCAGGAAUAUGGCAAAAUCCCCAUCUACUCCAUCUCCUACACCACCAGUAUGGAAGCACUCUGACAGAGACAUGUUUAUGAUCAGAGGAGAGGACUCGCCUCUCAUGUCCUCGAGAAAACAGGAAGCAAAAUUUAAUGUUAGAAUGGAUUUCCUUGGAGAUAACCUGAUAGGUUCUUCGGGUAUCUUAGCUGAAGAGCGACAGUUGUCUCAGGACCUUGUGCAGUCUUCUAAAAAGGAUCAGGAAUUUCGCUCCAUCUUUCAGCAUGUUAAGGCUGCACAGUUACAGAGAAGUCCCUCUGAGCUGUUUGCUCAACACAUUGUCACCAUUGUUCACCACAUCAAAGCUCAGCACUUUCCGUCUUCUGGCAUGACUCUAAAUGAGCGAUUCACCUUGUACCAAAGACAAGCUGCAGAGAAGGAAAUGAUGAAGCCGAGAAAAAGUCCAGAGAUACACAGGAGAAUUGAUGUUUCACCAAGUGCUUUUAAGAAACACCCUCAACUUUUUGAGGCGAUGAAAAGCUCAGAGGAUGGCAUUUACAAGGAUGGUGGGGAAAAAAUGAAGGGUGACCCAAUGGACCUUCGCUUGGAUAUUGAACGCCGUAAAAAAUAUUCCACCCAUGAAAGAUAUUAUAAUCAGGAUCAAGGAAGAGAAGUGGGCGAUUCCCCAGACUCUAGUAAAGAGAGAUCUGUGGAAAACUUCCACAAAUACCACAAGAAAUCAAAGAAAAGUAAGAAGAAGCGUUCUCGCUCCAGUUCAUCCUCAUCUUCCUCAUCCUCCAAGUCUAAUAAAGAUGAAGAUUUACCUCAAGAGAAAUCUGAUUCAAAAGAUGGAGAAUUUAAUAUGGUCCGACUGGGUCAAAGAGAGUCAUCAGGAUCAGCUGAAAGUGGACAUCCACAUGGAGGAUUUCAAGUAAGAAUCCGUGGAAGGAACUGGAGCAAAGGAAAUUAUCAGAGUAACAUUUCAUACAGUAAUCCUGCAAACAUGGUAGUAAACCAAAAAAGUGAAGACUGGGACCCAGAGUAUACUCCCAAGAGCAAAACAUACUACUUGCACGAUGACAGAGAUGAAGAGUCAGAAUGCAAGUGGAUGGACAAUCGGGGUCGAGGGAGGGGAAGCUUUACUCGUGGAAGAGCAAGAUUCCUCAUCCGCAAAGCCACUGGGGACUACAAUGCCAUUUGUCCAAAGUUCCAGGUCAAUGUGGAGCAAGGUGGCAUGCAAAAAGGAGAGAUAGAACAGGACCAUAAAAGGGCAGAAGUCGAUAAAGAGAACAUCUGAGCAGUAAAGGAGUCUGCUGAAAAUCUUAUCUAUAUUUUGUGUUCUUAUAAGAUCUCACUGAGUGAUUUUUAUCCACUGCAAUGGAUCAAUACAUGCAGAUUAAUUGUUUUAAGCUAUUCCUAUGAAAACAUUUAUACUUUAAUUUCAGCAUAGGGUACUUCGUCUGACUUGACACAACCAUUUCCUACAUCAAGACUAGUAAAAGCGCUGUUUAAGACAAAAAUGCUGUCUCUUGCUUUUGCUUUAUUUUGGUAAACUGAAAUCUUCCAUGCAGCAUUUUAUUAAUAUUCACACAUUUUUUUUCGUUACUGAGUACAAGUACAUUAUUGAUCAACAACAUAAGUUAUUGUACUGCAAAUAUAUUAAAAUAUAAUUUAAUUUACAAACAGUGACUCUGAAAAGGUAUGCUGUUUUGGCCUAUGUCUCAGCAAUAGGUACGUUGUUCAUGAUGACAUAAAAGCAUCACUGUUCAGCCAAUUUGGCUCUCCGGAAAUGACACUGAUCUGACAAUGGGACCAAACUGCACAUGAUCAUAGAUUGUGGCCUGCAGUCUGUCAAUACACAGCAUACAACCAAUUUACAGCGCUAGCCAAAAGCCAUUUACAAAGCUUGUGAAGCAUUUUGCUAUCAGACUAGUAGCAUUUGUUUGUUCUUGGAUACCACUUCAGUGUAUAAUAUUGCUAGUGAUAUUGAUAUUGAUAGUUCUUUCUGCAAAGACUUUAUUUUAGUUUUUGUACUCAGCCAUGCAGAAUUUUUGACUUCGAUUGUAAGUUGUUUUUACUGCUAUAGAUUUUAUUGUAUUUUUUAUUGAGGCAAACUUUUAUUCAGCAUAAGAGGUUUUAGCAGUGAUGUCAACUGUGUGCGACUGUCAACAUAAAUGAGAGAGUUGGUUUAAAAUUAAGAUUUUAGUGUGUAGUUUACAGAAGAAAAAAAAAAAAGUCUACCCAUGUUUCUCUAA